GCUACGCAAGCAAUCCUGGCCCAGCCGAGCUUUCUUCCCCAAAUCCCGUAAUCCUUGACCUUAUUCCCCCAAAGAAGCGGCCUCCCGGGAAGGACCGCCCUGGCGGAGAAGACUCGAACGGCUCCCACAGCCGGGCGUUGGGGGAAAGGUGGGCGGUCUCGGUCGUGCGAGGUCGGGGAGGGAGGGUCCUCCGCCCUCCAUUGCGGAGCCUCGCUCCCGGACCACCGGGGGACCGGACGCCGGGCCGCGAAGCUGCCGCCUGGGGCUGCGGGGAGGAGAGCAACAUAACUGGAACGGCACUUAGGGGCCGGUGUCAGGGUUGUCACCGGGGUUGGCGGAAAUGACGAAGGGGCCCCAGGCACGUCGUGUUACUGGGCGAGGUUCCAGCCAAGGUGCCCACGCGCCUUGGGGGAAACCAGAGGACUUCUGCACCGUUUCCCGAGGACAGUUUGGCAGUGUUUCAGAAGGACCUUAGAACCAGGCAGGCCCCCUUCUAGGAUGGUGGAAAGCCUAAAGAUCUGAAAACGGUCUCAAGUGUCGUCUUAGCGAUUGGCUGACUAAACCGAAUGCAAGCCGGAGACUGCACACGAUGUUGCCGUUAAGAGUUACACUGGGCCGGGCAGUCAGAGGCGGGCGGAUCACCUGAGGUCAGUUGUUCGAGAACAGCCUGGCCAACAUGGUGAAAACCCGUCUCUACUAAAAAUACAAAAUUAGCCGGGCGUGGUGGCAGGCGCCUAUAAUCCCAGCUACUUGGGAGGUUGAGGUAGGAGAAUGGCUUGAACUCAGGAGGCGGAGGUUGCAGUGAGCCGAGAUCGUGCCACUGCACUCCAGCCGGCUGACAAGAGCGAAACUCCGUCUCAAAAAAAAAAAAAAAAAAAAGUUACAUUAGGCUGGGUGCGCUGGUGCAACCUGUAAUCCCAGCACUUUGGGAGGCCGAGGCGGGCGGAUCUCUUGAGCCCAGGAGUUUGCGACCAACGUAUUGAGUUUGGCCAACAUAGUGAGACCCCCGUCUCUACAAAAGAUAGAAAAAAUUAGCCAGUUGCGGUAGUGAAUCCUUGUAGUCCCAGCUACUUGGGACGCUGAGGGAGGAGGAUCACUUGAGCCCUGGAGGAGGAGGCUGCAGUGAGCUAUUUUCUCAUCCCUGCUAUAACGAAUUUGUCACAGGCUGUUUUAUAGGCCUGGAGCUCAGAAGCCCGAAGUGAGUUUUAGGAGGUUAAAAUCAAGGUGUUGGCAAGGGUAGUUCCUUCUGGAGGUUCCCAAGGAGAAUCUGCUUCUUUUCCUCUUCCAACUUCUAGAGGCCACUUUCUUCCAUCUUCAAAACCUACUAUCUCUGCAUAAGAACUCUCAUGAUUAUAUGCCGGCCGCCCAGACACCCCAGGGUAGCCUUCACAUCUCAGUAUUCUUAAUAUUUGCAAAGUCCCUUUUGCCACGUAAGGUAACACCACAGGUUUGGAGAUUAGGAGGUGGACAUCUUUCAGGGUCAUUCUUAUUUUAAAAAAUGUACUGUCGAUAAGAAUAGUUAAAAUGUAAAAUAUUUGAAGGGAUUUAUUCUGAACCGAAUAUGAGUGACCGCGGCCGGUGACACAGCCCUCAGGGGAUCCUGGGAACAUGUGCCCAAGGUGGUUGGGGCAGUUUGGUUUUACAUGUUUUAGAGAGACAUGAGGCAUUAAUGAAAUACAUUUAAGAUAUACAUUGGUUUGGUCCAGAAAGGCAGGACCAAACAAAAAAAAAAAAGAUUUUUGAACAUGCUUCCCGAGCUCAGGCAUGAAGAACUCUUGACUGAUAGAAACGGAGGGUGUGUCCAAAGUUUUCAGGACGGCCGAGCGGCGCUCCAAAACCCGUCCUCACAGCCUCGCCCCUUUCGCCUCAGCCACAACAAAUCAUCCUCAACCUGUUCCACCUUCUCCAGUCUGGUAGCAAAAAGGGGUGUCUCAGGCCACUCUUCACCUCCACCAUGAGCCUGGACAUCCAGAGCCUGGACAUCCAGUGUGAGGAGCUGAGCGACGCUAGAUGGGCCGAGCUCCUCCCUCUACUCCAGCAGUGCCAAGUGGUCAGGCUGGACGACUGUGGCCUCACGGAAGCACGGUGCAAGGACAUCAGCUCUGCACUUCGAGUCAACCCUGCACUGGCAGAGCUCAACCUGCGCAGCAAUGAGCUGGGUGAUGUCGGCGUGCAUUGCGUGCUCCAGGGCCUGCAGAGCCCUUCCUGCAAGAUCCAGAAGCUGAGCCUCCAGAACUGCUGCCUGACGGGGGCUGGCUGCGGGGUCCUGUCCAGCACGCUACGCUCCCUGCCCACCCUGCAGGAGCUGCACCUCAGCGACAACCUCUUGGGGGAUGCAGGCCUGCAGCUGCUCUGCGAAGGACUCCUGGACCCCCAGUGCCGCCUGGAAAAGCUGCAGCUGGAGUAUUGCAACCUCUCAGCUGCCAGCUGUGAGCCCCUGGCCUCCGUGCUCAGGGCCAAGCCGGACUUCAAGGAGCUCACGGUUAGCAACAACGACAUCAAUGAGGCUGGCGUCCGUGUGCUGUGCCAAGGCCUGAAGGACUCCCCCUGCCAGCUGGAGGCGCUCAAGCUGGAGAGCUGCGGUGUGACGUCAGACAACUGCCGGGACCUGUGCGGCAUUGUGGCCUCCAAGGCCUCGCUGCGGGAGCUGGCCCUGGGCAGCAACAAGCUGGGUGAUGUGGGCAUCGCGGAGCUGUGCCCGGGGCUGCUCCACCCCAGCUCCAGGCUCAGGACCCUGUGGAUCUGGGAGUGUGGCAUCACUGCCAAGGGCUGCGGGGAUCUGUGCCGUGUCCUCAGGGCCAAGGAGAGCCUGAAGGAGCUCAGCCUGGCCGGCAACGAGCUGGGGGAUGAGGGUGCCCGACUGCUGUGUGAGACCCUGCUGGAACCCGGCUGCCAGCUGGAGUCGCUGUGGGUGAAGUCCUGCAGCUUCACAGCCGCCUGCUGCUCCCACUUCAGCUCAGUGCUGGCCCAGAAUAAGUUUCUCCUGGAGCUACAGAUAAGCAACAACAGGCUGGAGGAUGCGGGCGUGCGGGAGCUCUGCCAGGGCCUGGGCCAGCCUGGCUCUGUGCUGCGGGUGCUCUGGUUGGCCGACUGCGAUGUGAGUGACAGCAGCUGCAGCAGCCUCGCUGCGACCCUGUUGGCCAACCACAGCCUGCGUGAGCUGGACCUCAGCAACAACUGCCUGGGGGACGCGGGCAUCCUGCAGCUGGUGGAGAGCGUCCGGCAGCCGGGCUGCCUCCUGGAGCAGCUGGUCCUGUACGACAUUUACUGGUCUGAGGAGAUGGAGGACCGGCUGCAGGCCCUGGAGAAGGAUAAGCCAUCCCUGAGGGUCAUCUCCUGAGGCUCUUCCUGCCGCUGCUCUCCCUGGACGACCGGCCUCGAGGCAACCCUGGGGCCCACCAGCCCCUGCCAUGCUCUCACCCUGCAUAUCCUAGGUUUGAAGAGAAACGCUUAGAUCCGCUUAUUUCUGCCAGUAUAUUUUGGACACUUUAUAAUCAUUAAAGCACUUUCUUGGCA